AUGGAGCCGCGGUGGCAGUUCCAGUUCCGGGUGAUCAUGUUGGGGGACUCCACGGUGGGCAAGUCCUCGCUGCUGCGGCGCUACACGGAGGGCCUCUUCCUGGAUGCCAUCAACCAGACAGUCGGGGUGGAUUUCUACGUCCAGUUUGUGGAGCUGGAGCCGGGGCUGAGGGUGAAGCUGCAGUUCUGGGACACGGCUGGGCAGGAGAGGUUCAGGUCUGUGACCCGCUCCUAUUACCGCAACUCCGCCGGGGGGAUGCUGCUGUUCGACCUCACCAACCGCGCGUCCUUCCAGAGCGUGCGGCGCUGGCACCGGGAGGUGACGGACACGGUGCAGCCGUCCCGCAUCGUCUUCCUGCUGGUGGGACACAAGA